UUCGUUUUGAAAUGCCAGAACUCUAUGUGUGACAAUUAACUAAACGUCAUCGUUUUUAUUCCUGAAGACUUCAACUCAAAACUUACCGAAACUGCAAAACAUUAUUAAAAAUGUUUACAUUAUGGACAUUAGUGGAAGCCUCUUUGCUAUGUUUGAAUGCCGUAUGCGUUUUACAUGAAGAAAGAUUCCUUGCCAAAUUUGGUUGGGGCGGACAGCAACAAAAUACUGAAUUUGGACAACCAACCGCUAAAGCACAAAUCCUAAAUUUGGUGAGAUCGAUCCGCACUGUGGCAAAGAUUCCUUUGAUAUUUCUCAACAUUAUAGCAAUCAUAUUUAAAUUACUACUUGGAUAAUCAAUUGCAUUACGAUGAAUAAUAAUAAAAUACUUUGGUUUUCUAUAA